GAGGCCCAGAUCGGCGAAGCUCGCAGGCUCUCGGUUCGAAUUGGUCGACAGUCGACACUUGACAAUUCCAUUCGUGACGGCUGAGGGGGGUCUCGCGGUCUCUACUCCCCUUCUCCUCUGUAAACCCUAGAGCUUCGUUAAUCGUGAGAUUGUACCAGUUUUUUUCAGUCACUAGCAGACCGUGAAAAUCUUUAAUGGCAGUCUUUUUUGGUUAAACGAAGCUUAAUCUCAGUGGGAGGAAGCGUUCUCGCAGUUUGAUCUCGUGGGUUUUACUGAUGAUGACGAGGGAAAUGUUCUUUAAGUAAUGCUUGUAGGGUUAAAUUCCAAAAUGGACUCUGAAGGAGUGCAAACUAGUUCUCAAAAGAAUGGAGGAGCAGAAGGUAGUCUUUAUAAACAAAGUGGGCAGGUUCGAUGCCAAAGCAGUGGUGGCUUGAAUGGAAGUCGUAGAAGCCCGGAUAACGAGGGAAUCAGUGCCGAUCCUUGUUUGAACGAAAAUUGUAUGGAACAAGAAGAAUGUGAAAUACAGUUGAGAGAUACAGACAGUAAUGGAAGUAGGCGUGAUCAUGCAUCUAAAAAGCCAAGGCGUCAGAAGGACUUGACAUUUCAGGAUAUGUACAGCCAGCAAGACGGCUAUUUUGAUGAUGAUGAGGACGAUGAUGAUAGUGACUGGGAGCCAUUGCAAAAGCAUGUAGCGAGCAAAAAGUGGUUUUGCACAAACUGUACAAUGGUGAACCUUGAUGAUGAUGAUCUCCACUGUGAUAUCUGUGGAGAAUAUAAAGAGUCUGAAAUCCUUAGGCAUGGUUGUUUGGCAUCUCGUCUUGCGCCAGUAGUUUUGCAUUCUCGGGUCGAAACGGAAGCAAUAGACAGGUUAAAAGACUCGGUGACGCGAAAAUCAGACCAGGACAAUUGCACUGUAGUUGGUUUUGAUGAAAGAAUGCUGCUUCACUCAGAAGUUGAAAAGAAGUCCCAUCCGCACCCCGAAAGACCAGAUCGCCUUCGUGCUAUUGCUGCUAGCCUUGCCACUGCUGGUAUAUUUCCUGGAAGGUGCAUUCCGAUUCCUGCUAGAGAAAUUUCCCGAGAGGAGCUGCAGCCGGUCCAUUCUUUGGAGCACAUUGAAGCAGUUGAUCUUACAAAUCGCAUGAUUUCUAGCUAUUUCACUCCAGACACAUAUGCUAAUGAACACUCAGCAUCCGCCGCAAGGCUUGCAGCUGGAUUGUGUGCAGAUCUUGCUUCAGAGAUUAUGACUGGAAAUGCCAAGAAUGGUUUUGCUUUGGUUAGGCCUCCCGGUCAUCAUGCGGGUAUCAGACAAGCCAUGGGGUUCUGUCUUCAUAAUAAUGCAGCAGUUGCUGCAUUAGCUGCUCAGAGUUCAGGUGCCAAGAAAGUGCUAAUUGUUGAUUGGGAUGUUCAUCAUGGAAAUGGGACACAAGAGAUAUUUGAGGCAAACAAAUCAGUGUUGUAUAUUUCCUUACAUAGGCACGAAGGAGGAAGAUUCUACCCUGGUACAGGAGCAGCUGAUGAGGUUGGGAUUAUGGGUGCAGAAGGAUAUUCUGUGAAUAUUCCAUGGAAGUGUGGGGGAGUGGGAGAUAAUGAUUACCUUUUCGCUUUUCAGCAUAUUGUCCUCCCUAUAGCUUUUGAGUUUUCCCCAGAUAUCACUAUUAUAUCAGCGGGAUUCGAUGCUGCAAGGGGUGAUCCGCUUGGCUGCUGCGAUGUAACUCCGGCUGGCUUUGCACAAAUGACACACUUGUUGAGUGCUCUCUCCAGUGGAAAGUUGCUUGUAAUUCUUGAGGGGGGCUACAAUCUCCGUUCAAUAUCAUCGUCCGCUACAGCAGUGAUAAAGGUAUUACUUGGUGAAACUCCUCUAUGUGAUGUGGAUCAUGUUGAACCUUCCAAAGUUGGCUUGCAAACUGUUUUGGAAGUCUUGGGAAUUCAGAUGAACUUCUGGUCUACACUGAAGCCAACAUUUACUAGGUUGCAGUCACAAUGGGCAUCAUUUUUUUUGCAGAAUAAAAAGAAAUUAGCCAAGGAGAAACGGCGGCUACUGCGACCAAAAUGGUGGUUAUGGGGACGGAAAAGGUUAUUGUAUCAUCUGUUGUAUGGGCAACUACGUGUGAAGGCGAAGGGACGGGCAAAAGCAUUCUGCUAAUCUUAUCAUCUCCUGCAUCCUCCACUCUGUUAUUCGGCCCAGGCUUUUGUGUAUGCUUACCUGAUCACGGCUGGUCUCAUGACCAUCCAUUUUUUGUAUGAAAAAUAUAGUUAUUUAUAAUGUUGUUUAUGGAGGCAUUAGCUAAUUGGCAUUUGGUAAUCAGGGUCUCUGAUUCAUUUGUCAAUUUCACAUAGGGAAGAAAUUUUUGGUUAUUUCAAUGGUGUUGGUUAUAGUGAUCUCACACCCCUUACCAUUAUGUAUGUUAGGAUGGAGGUUAGGAAUUUGGAAACAUCUCUAAUGGUUGGGGUGAAAGAAGAGGAGGAUGAGAUGCAGAGUGGACAUUUUCGUGAACUUACAGUUGUUGAUGUUUUGACCUGUACAGCAAAAGGCCAAGCUGGCUUGUUUGCAUUUCUGCGGUGUUACUUAUUUGCUGCGUGGUAGACAUGAAUUAUUUACAGGACAUCCAAAGGAAUCAAUUAUAUAAGUUUAGUGUAAUAAUGAUCCUCGGCCUCAUUCUA